AUGACGCGUAAUCCAGUUGGACAGAGAAAUCCAAACAGAGCUCCUCGAGCACCCAAAGAGCAGAGGGCCAUCGUGCAGAUUGACGAUUGCUUUGAGGAUUAUAUGUUUCCCGACGGCCAAUCUAGCACGUCAUUCCAUGGAGCAAAUGAUCGUCAUCCAGCCCGAGCGACAUUCGCUGACCGAGGCUCAGAUACCACAUCUAAAGCUUCGUCCGUCGAAUCCGAAACUCAGAUCAGUGGAGAAGAAGAUCAAUACACAGACCAGGAAUCCGCUGACAGUGAUACGUGGUCUACGGAAACAUUGCAGUCGGAUGAUGAGCCUGCGCCCAAGAAUCAACACGAGGAUCAAUAUCAAUCUGGUUCACCACCGCCAACGCCACCACCUCCUUCUUUUGUGUGCCUAAAUAAUGCUUCUCAUCGUCAUGAGCAUCAUGAAACUCAUCGCCAACUACAUGAUUCCAAUUCUGUACCUGUCACGAAACCCGAGGAACAAACUUUUCUAUCUGUGGCGUAUGAGGCACCGAGUUCACAUCGGGUUCCACGCAUCCCAGAACGCUUUGCAUGCCGACCCCCUCCCUAUUUUUUGUCGCAUUACGAACUCUAUGAUUAUGAUUCAAAUUGGGACGAGCUUCUGUGCCUCAGGGGGGAUUCCGAAGAGCUUGAUUAUCCAUGGGCCAUAAUUUGUCCUCCGGAACGACCCAUAGAAGACUGUGAUGACGCGUGGGAAAGGCGAAGGUCACUAGCCAUCUUUCGGACCAGGACAAGAUCGUUGGAUCGCUACAUGAGAAUGGAAAAUGCGAAAUAA